GGAGCACACACAUUUUCCUCGCAAGAAAGGCGACUUUUUAGAGCUGCCGCAGAAACAUUCCUUCUGUUCCUUCGUUUUGCUCCGGAAUUGUGGAAAUCAGGUUUCCAAAGGCGCCCCCUGCAAUGGAGGCCGCCCCUGCACAGGAUGGCCCGCUUCAGCUUGAAGGUGGUCGGUCAUGGCGGCGGGGUCAAAUGGACGAGGACAUUGAUGCCCUGCCGUACAUUGACAUGCAAGGAGUCACAGAUCAGAGUUGGAAGAAGGAGGUGGAAAGAAUGAUUGCCGAUGAAAUGAAGCGCAGCACAAAGAAACCGGCAGAUUACCUAGCAGAGCUCCCGCCCGCCCCAACAUUGAAUUUUGAGAACUGUCCCUUGUUGGCCAAGGAGUAUGAGCGGGUGAAGGCCGGCAAGCCUCCAAUUCCCCUGGAUAAUUCUCGGUACAAAGUGGACCCCCCCAUCAAGAGCCGGCAGGGGGAUUUGGCAGCUUGGCGGUCGGCGGUGGCAAACGCUCAGGCGCAGCUCCGACACCAAGAAAUUAGGAUAGAAAAUCUGGACCUAAUGUUGAAGUAUGGCGCCAAUGCGUGGCUCACUCACAACCAGCAUCUAGAUGCAACCAGCACUAGGCUACAAGGCAUUCAAGAAGCGUAUCGGGACGAGAUUGACACAACCAACAAGCAGCGGAAGUCAACACAAGAGUCGGCAGCCUUUGAGAUUGACAGGUUGUCGAGCCAAUGGCUGGAGCUUGUUCGAAAGAAUCUCGACAUCUCCGCUGCAUGUCAAGUGUUGGAGGAAAAGGUGGACGCGCUCCGUCAAGAGGGCGCCGAAAAGAACAUAGACUUGAGGUCAUGAUGUCCUGUCGCAGAUCAAAUAUUUCACACGAAGGCAACGCCCUGCAUGUCGAUAUGGACACUCACUAUUUUUCGACGACUGAAGACAAUUGCCUGGCAAACUUAUUCUCAUUAUUUGCAUGAUAACAUGGCCGGCCCUUGCUUUGUUAAGUAUUAGGGAUGCCGUGAGUUCAACCUCAGUACUUUCUUAAAGAACUCGAGAAACUUGACAAUUGUCAUGCAGUCGGUCAGGUCUUUCUCCUUUGGCCGGAGGUUAUACGGUCUGGGGUCAAGUUGUCUACCCAUGCAUACUUUGCAGGUAGCCUUGAAACUUGAAUUGUGGUGUAUUCGGC